AUGUGCCCGAUGCUACUACGAAGACUAUGGACCCUACUUAAGGUGAUAUGGAGGAAAGGAAAAGUCCCAGAUUGUUGGCAACAGGCAGAGGGAAUAUUUACUCCAAAGGAAAAGGGCUCCAAACAUGUGACCGAAUUCCGAACAAUUUCACUUUUGAAUGUGGAGGGGAAAAUAUUCUUCGCUGUCCUGGCAAGACGAAUGACCACGUUCCUGACAACCAAUCAUGCCAUCAGUCAGAUCAUCCGUGAAGCAAAGGUGAACGACAAUGACCUCACAGUCGUCUGGUUAGACUUUGCCAACGCCUAUGGCUCCAUACCAGACAAGCUUAUUGAAGAAGCAAUGAAGCACUAUCAUAUCCCAGAGCAUAUACAGGGGAUCAUAAAUGGCUACUUUGACGGCAUACAGCUUCGAUUCUCAAUCGGUGACCAGGCAACGCCAUGGCAGAGGUUAGAGAAGGGAAUAGUAACUGGCUGCACCAUCUCAGUGGUACUAUUCGUGAUGGGCAUGAGCUUAAUCAUCAAUGCCGCGAAGAGGGAAACCAGAGGACCAAAAACAGCGUCAGGUAUACACCUCGCAUCCAGCAGGGGGUUCAUGGAUGACCUGACCAUCACUACCACCACACAUGUACUUGCCCGCUGGCUACUAACAGCCCUAGAGGACACGGUCACAUGGGCACGAAUGAAGUUCAAACCCAAGAAGUCAAGGAGCCUGAUCAUCAAGAAGGGAAAGGUCACCAAAAGAUUCAAUCUACAGGUGCUAGGGGAAGACAUUCCAUCCAUUAUUGACAGUCCAGUCAAGUGCCUCGGCAAGUGGUACGACGCCAGCCUGAAGGACACUAACAACAUCACUAGAGUCAAAAACCAGCUCCAAGAUGGCCUGAAGCUUAUAGACCUGACAGGACUUCCAGGCAAGUUUAAGGCAUGGCUCUACCAACAUGGGUUACUACCUAGGCUUAUGUGGCCCAUUAUGAUGUACGAGAUAGCUACAACCACUGUAGAAGGAUUCGAGAGAGUGAUCAACCGGCAUCUCCGGAGAUGGCUUGGUGUCCCUCCUAGUUUCACCAGCAUUGGACUGUAUGCCAGAACCAACCAACUUUAA